UAAUGGGCUUUAGAUUUGAUAUGAUUGGUAUAAAAUUAAAGAUAUUCUUAGCGUCAACAUUACUUAGUUUAUAGAGAUAUUAAGAAGCUAUUAAUUGUUGUGAUAAAUCAAUUUAAUUAAAUCAAAAGAAUGAUUUAGCUUUCACUAACAAAGGUAAGCUAUUUUCAUUAAUGACUUAAUCUAGGAUCAGCUCUAUAUUCUUUAAAUAAAUAUAAGGAAGCUCUUGAAUAUUCAGAAAAAGCUAUUAAAAUAAAUCCAAAAAAUGAUAUUGCAUUCGGAACUAAAGGUAUUAAUUUUAUAAAUUAUAUCAAUUUAGGAUUGACGUUACUAAAACUAUAAAGACCUUAAGAAGCUAUUUAAUGUUUUGAUUAGGAAAUUAAAUUAUAACCUAAAUAUUAAACAUUUACUGAUAAAGGUAUUUAAUUAGAAGAUACUAUGUAAUAGCAAAUGCCUUAUUGGAUUUAAAAAGAUUUUAAGAAGCAAUUGAAUGUUGUGAUAAAGCUAUUUAAUUUGCUCCAGAUCGCGACUAAGCAUUUUUCUUUAAAGGUAACUUUAUAUGUAAAUUUUAGCUCUUGCCUUAUCAAGUCAGAAAAAAUACCAAGAUGCCAUAAAAUGCUAUGAUGAGGCUUAUUAAAGAAAGAAGCAUCCCAUGAUUUUGCUCAAUAAAGGUUGUAAUCUUAUUAAAUUACAAUAGCUUAUGUACUAAUUGACAUGAACAAAAAAGAAGAAGCAAAAAUAAUCUUAAAGUAGAUUCUAGAUUCAAAUUUCCAAGAUAAAGAGUUUAUUAAAGGAUUAUUAAAAACAUUAUGAAUUUUAAUAAAUAAAUAAGAAAUAUAUAGAAUGCU